CGUGGCUCAUAUAUUUUCUUGCAUUCUUGACCACAUUUUUCAUUGACAGCAUUGAUCUCUGUUUGCUUAUCUCGACACUUGUUUCCACGUUGUUUUCUCUCCUCAUGUCUCCAGAAAUGGUUCUGUUUGAAGAAAAUUCAAGUACGAGAAAAGUGAUUUUAAACAGGCCUGAGAAAUUGAACUGCCUCAACAAUCAAAUGAUUUUCCAGAUGUUAAACAAUUUCAAAGCGUAUGAGAAGGAUCCUUCUGUCAAACUUGUACUUUUGAAGGGAAAUGGAAAAUCAUUUUGUGUAGGUGGUGAUGUUACAGCUACAAGUAAUGCUAUUAUAGCUACAGGACACUGGAGCUUUGUUGCAGAUGUUUACAGGAAACUACUUACUUUAGACUACUUACUUGCAACAUAUAAUAAGCCAUUGGUUGCUCUUAUAAAUGGGAUUGUAAUGGGAGCAGGCGCUGGACUGACCAUGCAUACAAAAUUUAGAGUUGUUACUGAGAAUACUGUAUUUGCUAUGCCAGAAACAUCAAUAGGGCUUUUCCCAGAUGCUGGUGCAUCUCAUUUCUUUUCUAGGCUUCCGGGAUAUUUUGGAGAAUAUUUGGGGCUGACUGGAGCACAAUUAGAUGGAACUGAGAUGCUUGCAUCUGGCCUUGCUACUCAUUUUAUCCUUUCAAAGGAUCUUGUUUCAUUGGAAAAUGCACUCCAUGUGGUGGAUUCAUCAGAUGUAUCAGCCAUUUCUGAAAUUAUCAACAAAUUUGUACACCAAUUAGGCAUCAAACAAGAUAGCGCGUAUAGAAGAUUGGAGAUUAUCAAUGAAUGCUUCUCAAGAGAAACAGUUGAAGAAAUAUUAUCAUCACUGGAGAGUUUUGCUGCAAAGAAAGCAGAAAAAUGGAUCAUUAAGGCAAUAAACUUAAUGAAGUCUGCUUCUCCAACAAGCCUUAAACUUUCUCUAAGAUCGAUUAGAGAAGGUCGGAUGCAGAAACUUGAACAAUGUCUUGCUCGUGAAUUUAAAUUCAUGUGCCACUGUUUUCGAAGAACAGUUAAUGAUGAUUUUUAUGAGGGUGUAAGAGCAAUGUUAAUUGACAAAGACAGAAAACCCAAGUGGCAACCUCCAAAGCUAGAGCUUGUUAGUGAAGAAAUGGUGAAUCAGUAUUACAGCAAAGUUUACAAUGAUUAUAACGAUGACUGGGAAUCUUUACAGCUUCCUGUGAGACCCAACCUAUCGUUCAGUUUGGAAUCAAAACUCUAGUUACAAGUUAGUUAUCAUGAUAGUUACAAGUUGAUACGUGGAAGGCAAUUGCAAUUGCAUUUAUCAUGAAUUUAGGAUUCUGUAAUGUGUACUAGUUCUAUUAUGUUUAUUGGUGAACUGGAAUCAAAUAUUCAAUAAAAGAUACAAUAGUUGAGCACCUAAA